AUGACAACAACAACAACAGCUAUAGUAAUUGAUAAUGGAUCAUAUAUGUGUAGAGCUGGAUUAGCAGGUGAAGAUGCACCAAGAUCUGAACUACCAACUGUAUUGGGUCAACCAAAAUCAUUAAAUAAAUACCCUAUAUUGGAAAAAUCAAGAAUGAUUGGUAAAGGAAUGAAAGACCCUUACUUUGGAUAUGGUGCAUUGGAGAAUAGAGAUACAUUGAAUCUAUCAUAUGAUACUAUCAAUCGUGGUUUAAUUACCAACUUUGAUGAAAUGCAAUUUAUUUGGGAAAGUAUAUUGUAUCAAGAAUUGAGAAUCAACUCUGCAGAGGAACAACAUCCAAUCAUACUAAGUGAAUCACCUAUCAACCCAACAAUCAAUCGUGAGAGAACUACAGAGAUUAUGUUUGAAUCACUUGGUAUACCCUCUUUGUAUAUGGCACCUGCACAAUUACUCUCAUUGUAUGCUACCAGUAGAGACACAGGUAUUGUAUUAGACUCGGGUCACCAAAUAUCACAUGCAGUACCCAUUUACAAAGGUCAAGUCAUCAAUCAUGCCAUCUCUACAUUAGAAUUGGGUGGUAUAGAUAUUACAAAAGAAUUGGCUAAACUAAUCAAUCAACAAGCCAACAGCAACUAUCAAUUCAAUACAUCUAAACAACUUGAUCAAAUAGUUAGAGAUAUGAAAGAAAAACAUGGUGAUGUUGCAACAUUUAAUGACAAUAAUAAUAAAAAUAAUAAUAAUAAUAAUAAUAAUAGUCAAUCGAUUGGUUAUAAACUACCAGAUUCAAAUGUGAUAGUUCCUUUGACAAGUGAAAGAUUUAAAUGUACAGAACCACUCUUUCAACCAUCACUACUUGGUAUCAAUGGUGGAGGUCUACAUCAACUAGUGUAUGACUCUAUACAUAAAUGUAACUCGAUCGAACAAAGAAGCACCCUACUUGACAAUAUCGUAUUGUCAGGUGGCAACUCAUUGUUUGGUGGGAUAGCGAUACGUAUGCAAAAGGAAUUAACAGCUCUCCUUCCAUCGGGUGCAAAGAGUAUUACGAUUAUUCCACCACCAAACCAACAAUACAACUAUGGAACAUGGAUAGGAGGAUCUAUUCUUGGAAGCAUUUCAUCAUUUGAUGAUAUUAAAAUAUCACGUAAAGAGUAUGACGAGCAUGGUAAAAGUAUUCAUAGCAAAUGUAAUAGUAGUAGUGCUUCGACCAGUAGAAUCUGUAUUGUCACUGUAUAUAUGUAUUGUAACAACGAAUUACUCUGUCUGUCUGCUUACUUAUUUGCAUUCAAUUUGAAAUCUUUUAACUUUGCUUUUGCAUAUCUCUCUUAUACAUCUUAA